AUGCAGCAGAGUGAGGGAGUCUUGGCGGUGUUGGUGUUGCAGCACGCGAGCAACGCGGCCACGUCGAGCCAGACGAGCGUGGGCGGCGGCUCGGGCGCGGGCGGGUCGGCGGGCAGCGCGGCGGGGGCGGCGGGGGCGGCGCCGGGCGUGGCGGGGGCGGUCACCGGGCCCGGGCUCGUCGUGGGUCGGCCCGUCGCCUCCUCCUCGUCCGGCCACCACCACCACCACCAUCACCACCACUCGGGCACCAAGUUCCGGCACGGGCUGCUGCAGCUCAUGAUCCACACAAUCGACCCGCUGCACGACGGCAAGGUGGACGAGAAGGCGACGCAGCUGCACGCGAUCGCGUCGCUCAAGGUGCUGCUGGACGCGCAGCGGAGCAGCAACGGCGCGGCCACGUCCACGGCGGCCAACCACGUGGCGGCGCAGCAACAGCAGCAGCUGCUCCAGCAGCAGCAGCAGCAGCAACAGCAGCAGCAGCAGCAACAGCAGCUGCUCGACAAGGACGCGGAGACGCGGCUGCAGGACCAGCCCAAUGGCGUCGCCGCGGGCAUCGACGACCAGGCCGUCGACACGAUGGUAGAUGAGGAUGAAGAAGAAGCGAAUGAAGCACUGGAUAUGUCAUGGCCAAACACAGCACGUAAACGGGUCACUUACCUACUUGUGGCACCCAUUGUCUUCCCCCUAUGGAUCACCUUGCCUGACGCACGAACUCCAAGAGGCAAGAAGUUCUUCGUCGUCACUUUCCUUGGCAGCAUUGUUUGGAUUGCUGCCUUUUCAUAUCUCAUGGUAUGGUGGGCAAAUGUUGCUGGGGACACCAUAAGAAUACCGCCAGAGGUGAUGGGGCUCACAUUCCUUGCAGCUGGAACUUCCAUCCCAGAUCUAAUAACAAGUGUCAUUGUAGCACGGAAAGGUUUUGGUGAUAUGGCUGUAUCUUCAUCAGUUGGCAGCAACAUAUUUGAUGUAACUGUUGGGUUACCAGUGCCUUGGCUGCUGUUUGGAAUCAUAUAUGGAAGGCCUGUAGAGGUGAACAGUGUUGGGAUGGUGUGCUCAAUCACCAUUCUUUUCAUGAUGCUGGUGUUUGUCAUAAUCUCUAUUGCUUGCUUCCGGUGGAAAAUGAACAAAGGACUUGGUUUCACAAUGUUUCUGCUCUAUUUUGUCUUUGUGGCUGUCUCAUUAAUGUUUGAAUAUAAAUUCUUAUCUUGUCCUGUCUAGUGAUUUGAAAAUGAGCCGAAAGAGAAGAGCACAAUAUUUUUUUACAGUCCGGAGAGAUGCUUGUUGGGUUGUGAGCUUGGGCAGGCCCCAGUGCUCCUGUUUGUUGCAUAAUGAAAUCUAGAAUAAUGUUAUAUAGAAUUAAAUAUACAGACUGUAGAUAUUCAGUUAAAGAGAAGUUUUAUAACAGCUGAAAGACAGUUUGCUUUUCAAAUAAUUAAUAUGUCCAUGACCGAAGUUAUUGAGUGAAUAAGUGAAACUUACUGAGAAAACAUUUCUUUCACAGACUGCAAAAAUGCCAAUAUUACUUGGCUUGCAGCUAUGAGAGUGGAAUAAAAGUUUGUUGUAGCUAUAUAUUUGUACCAUAGAUAAAUUUGUAUGAAACUUCACAUAAACUCUGGAUAAAAUGUUAACAGCAUAGCUGUUAGUCAUUUAGAGGCCAUAAAUGAAAAACACAUGGUUACCAUUCUCACACACUAGUCCAUUUUCAAACAGCUAAGUAAAUUAGAUGAUAGGUAAUUUUUCGUAUGCUGUUAAUAAUAUAAUAAGGCUCAUGUGUCAUAUUGUUGAAGCUCAGUAAUCACUGCAGAUGAAAUAUAACUGCUAUAUAUUUACAAUAAUUAAGGUGUCCAGGGACAAAUAUAUUUUGUGUAUGAAUCUCAUACACCACUAAUAUAUCAGGUGGAAGUCUGUUUCAUAAGAACUAAAAAUAGGAUAAUCUCACAGUGCAUUUAUUAUGUUCCUUAAACUUGAAGGUGAGUGAAAGCUGUGUUUAUUUUUGUUUAAGAUCUAUAGUUUGUCAUGAAAGUUGUAGAGAUUUAAUGUACAUAGUGAUUGAUGGUCCUCCUUUGGGCUGCCUGAAUAGUUAUUGUUGAAAAUUUUUAUAUAAAUAAAAACUUGGUUUAUAGUACCAGAGAUGAAACAGAAUGUACUACAAAGUGUAUUAUAACAAAUAUUUUUCAUAGUUAUGGUGUGCAUAUCAGUUCAUUUGAUGUGUUAUCUCUAUACAGCACAGGUCAUUCAGAUGAUCUGUAACUUCUUUAAGCUGCAUUAAUCUUCAAAUUUCCAGUGUUAAGACACAUUAUUUCAUGCCUGCCAAGAGAUAUCUCAUCUACAUGGCAGUGUGGGAUGUAGACUGCCAGGAUUUGAAAUCAAGUAUAACUUCCUUAAAAACUUAAUUUAUAAGAUUGCUUUCAGUAUGUCU